GUCUGUUCUUGCAAUGAAUUUAGCGGCAGCCUAUGGAAAGCGCAGCUGAAAUCCAGGCCCCAUGCUGGCCGCACAGCCACCAGCACCACCUUUGUCUCCACCAUCUCCUCCAGUGGCCUCUUUAGCGCCUUUGCCGGUAGCGCAGGCACCUCAGGUACAGGAUCCCUACCGUGCAGCGCUGCAAAGAAAGGUUGCAGAUGAUAUCGUUCAACGUAUUUCCGCAUCUUUACGCAGAGGCGGAUACAAACCUCAAGACUUGUUCAGUAAGCUGGAUGCAGACGGAAGUGGACAGCUAUCUCGACAGGAGCUGCUAAGCAUCAUCCUGCGUUUAGAGCCAGGCCUGUCUCCUGCAGAGCAAGAGGCAAUUUUUCAGCGGUUUGAUGCUGACGGAAGUGGGUGCGUUUCUUGGGCUGAGUUCUGGGAGACGAUCCAAGGCGGUGCGCAGCCGGCACUGGCAUCGACAGCUCCUACUAUGUCGCUGACACCUCUAGCACCAGGUGCGCGUCUUGCGGCAACAGCUCCGGCUCAAACGCCAGUUGCUGUUCAAGCUGGUGGUUUUGAUCAAACAAUUCAUCCUCAGGAGCUUCAGCGACAACGCGCUCAAGCAGAGGAAAUCCUGGCCCGAAUAGCAGCGACCAUCUCGCGGAGUGGCCGGAGGCCGCAAGAGUUUCUUCGCGAUGUCCGUGGAACGCUUACCCGGGGUGAGGUGGAGCAGACAAUUUUUCGGUUUGAGCCCACCUUAUCAGCCUACGAGCGAGAUGCAAUUAUCAUGCGCUUGGGGGCUGAUGGAUACGGCAACGUCAGUGCGGCAGAGUUUUGUCGAAUUCUUGGAGGCGAUUUGUCGCAGGCAGCGGGCCAGGGAGUGCAACCUGUGGCCGAAGUGCCCGUCGGCAUGGCUCCGCAGGAGCUUUUGCGACAAGUGGCCACAGAACUCCGGCGCAGUGGAGUGGAGGCGGCGACACUUUUCCGAAGCUUAGACGUGAGCGGCUCCGGUCACCUGACGGCACAAGAUCUCAGCGUGAUGGCGCAAACAUUUUGGCCUGAACUGACUCAAGAUGAGCUCCGAGAUUUGUUUCAAAGUGUGUGCCGCAACAGGUCAGGAUAUAUAGAAAUGGCCGAGUUUUGCGCAGCGUUGGGGUUCGACGAGCGCAGCACAUAUUUUGGCGCAGAGGCAUUAAGGUCUCUCUCCAAGCUGGACGGUGCUUUGCAAGUUCUUCUGGACCGAGUUCGCAUUUCAGUGCUUGAGGCCCUUGUCCUCUACCAGGCGGUGAAUGCCCGUGGCCUUCCGACUCCAAGACAAGAGAAUACUGUAGGGGCUCAGCGAGCCCCGGAGAAGCGUUCUCCUCCAGAUGCAUCAACAUGUUUGGUGGCCAGCGGCUGCGGCGAUGUCAAAGCCAUCCAGCAUUCGCUCCCAGUCCUUUGCCCUAGCAAUGAGCGCGAGGAAGUCGAGAAGCUCGAGCGCAGGAUCAGACAAGGUGUCGACAAGCUCGAGGCUUUCAUUUUUUUGGGUGACCUUUCGCGAGCGGGGUUGACUUUGGAGACGAAGAGCCAGGCGUAUGGGACUCAUGUUGCAUCAAAGAAGAGUGAUCACAUGCACUGGCGCCAGCAGAGUGUGACGAGCUACUUGGCUUUGCAGCCGAGACGUUUGACCAAACACGAGGAAUCGGAGGUCCACAGGCGAGCAGCCUGCAAACACGUGCCAGAUUUAGAUGAAGCUUUGGCUCCAACCUCCAAGCAAUUCAAAGAUUUGCUGCAACAUAUCCGCACAGCGCCCAUUGGCACUAGUGGCAUUUCCACGGUGGGAGGCCAAAAAAAGUGCAGGAAACUGCUGUGGUGCCUCGCAGAGAGUCACAGGGAAGCCAAACGUGGUUUGUUUGAUCCUGGCAUGGGCGCUGAUCAGCGAAAGGUGAUUCAUAGCACAACUCUUUUCCAGGAUGCUCGUGCUGGACGUUUGAGUCUUCGCUUUACCACUGCUAGCUCCAAGUUGGUUCGUGAAGAAGGCUUUUUGGCACCUCCGAUUUGGGUGAGUUUGGAUUGGACUCUACUGGACCCAGAGCUGUUUGCGCGUGUGGUAGCCUCGAUUGAAGUUUAUGUAUCAGACUCUGCUUCAGACGAAAUUCGAGCUGGCUUCAUGCUGGCCAGGUUAAUUCAAUACUCGGAAGCUUUCAAGGCCUGGUUUGCCAGCGCUAUCAAGCGCAUUGAUCCAGAUGUGUCGGCGGUGUCAGCAAAGAAGGGCAUGCUGGACUUGGGAUUCGAGCGUCGUGGGCAGCAGGAGGGGAAGAGUGCUGCGCAAUUCUGCGGCUGGCUGGAUUUGGAGAAGAGCGUUCAAUUUGCUAUGAUGGCAGAUUGCGCCAACGAGAACCUUUUGUUGAUUCGUCUAUUGGACUAUCAGGGCUUUCCUAUUGAUGAGUUGCCAAGCUACCUCAUGACUUUCAAAGAUCGCAUUCGAGCCCUUUUUACAGGACCCACGCCAGCUUGCUUAUCUUCUGGUUGCUGUGGACACAUGCUGAAAGUGUUGCGGCACAGCCUUUCGCUUGCUGUGCCAGGCCAAUCCAACCUUGUUCUCGGAGGUGGGCAUGUGCCGGACGACGUGCUGCAGAGAUGCCUGAAGCGCAUGCAAAAUUGGAUCGUUCUAGUAGAAAACACUAUAGACGCUGAAUUCCCUCAUUAUGAAGUUCUUCAAGCGUUUGGGGCGUUCAACCUGAGUCUUGGCGUGAGAAGUGUUUUCGUUCCAUCUGUCGACUGCUUCAAGCCUUUGGGCUACCUGAUACCGAGCGCGGUGAAGCCCACAAACAGUUUUUGCAGCUUUGGUACAUGUCCAAACGGGUUGUGGGCGACGAGGGGGUCUCAUCUGUGCAAGCUUGGCUGCAAGCAGCGCGCCGAGCUACUAGGACCCACAACAAAAUCAACCUUGGUGCUCUCAUGCCAUUGCUGGUGCACUAUUUUGCAGCUGGUGGGAGUACGAGUGGGGUGGAGCAAUCCUUCUCUGCUGGCCAAAAACUUUAUGAUCACCUCCAGCUUUUGCCCCAUGUAA